AUGGGGUCUGGCCAAUUCUCAUUUCUGUUCUUUCUCUGUUUCUGUCAGCUUUCUUUUUCUUCAUCCAUACCUCAUUCGUGCCGUAAAGAUCAAAGCUACGCUCUUCUAGAAUUCAAGAGAACACUUAUCAUAGAUCCCUCAUUAGUUACGAGUAGUUCCUACUCUUAUACGAGUUCAUGGAAUAUGAGCAGAGAUUGUUGCUCAUGGGAUGGAGUCGUAUGCAAUGAGAUGGCUGGCCAUGUCAUUGAACUUGAUCUCAGUUGCAACAGUCUUGUAGGAAAGAUUGAUUCCAAUAGCAGCCUCUUCCAACUCUCUCAUCUUCAAAGGCUCGACCUUUCUUUGAAUAAUUUCUCUAGUUCUCACAUCUCGCCUGAAUUUGGCAGGUUCUCGAGCUUGACAUAUCUUGAUCUUUCUGACUCCUAUUUCUCAGGUCAAAUUCCUUCUGAAAUCUCUCACCUUUCCAAGUUACAAUCUCUUUAUUUCUCAGGAGAAAUGCUAAAAUUUGGACCUCACGAUUUUGAAAUGCUCCUUCAGAAUUUGACUCAAUUAAGAGAGCUUCAUCUUACUUCCAUAAACAUCUCUUCCACUAUUCCUCCUAAUUUUUCUUCUCGUUUAACAACUCUGAGCCUUGGAUCUACAGGAUUGUAUGGGAUAAUACCUGAGAGUAUUUUUCACCUUCCCAAUCUGGAAACACUUGUCUUACAAAAUAAUGAUCAGCUAAGUGGUUAUUUUCCAAAGACGAAAUGGAACAGCAGUGCAUCUCUCAUGGAGUUAGAUCUCAGUGGCGUGAAUUUUUCUUGUAAUUUGCCUGAGUCUAUCGGUUAUCUAACUUCACUGCAUUCUUUGUCUCUUAAAAAUUGCAACCUUCGAGGGCCUAUUCCUGAAUCUCUUUCGAAUCUCACACACAUAUUGGAUUUGGACCUUUCAGAUAACUCCCUAAAUGGAACAAUGCCAUCAGGGAUGUUCUCUCUUCCAUCACUAAGUCGUUUAGUCUUGAGUAAUAACCACUUUUCUGGUCAGUUUGAGGAUUUCAAUUCCAAUUCAGUAAUCUGGAUUGAUUUAAGCAAUAAUCAGCUGCAAGGUCAUCUUCCCAAGUCGAUUGAAAACCAUGUGAACCUAACAGGCCUUGUUCUUUCUUUCAAUAAUUUUAAUGGUAGUGUGGAUGUCAGCUUCUUUGCUGACCUCAAGCAACUUUAUUAUCUUGAUCUUUCAUAUAAUUGUAUCUCAUUGACCAAUGAGAACAAACAUAAUGUUACUUUGCCAGGAUCUCUUAUGAGCUUACGAUUGGCUGCAUGUGAAGUGAAAGAAUUGGAGUUUCUAAGAUCCGCAAAGCUUCUUUGGCAUUUGGAUCUUUCAAAUAAUAAGAUUGAAGGAAGAAUCCCAGAUUGGGCAUGGUCUAACUGGAUUAUUUCAUUGAAGAGUCUUAAUAUAUCCCACAACAUGCUGGCAAGUGUUGAUUCAAUUCCUCUUCAAUCUGCAAAUGCCAUUGAUUUGCGGUCCAAUUUUCUUCAAGGUUCACUACCUAUUCCACCAAUUUCCACAAGAUUCUUCUUCAUAUCCCUAAUCUCAGUGGGGAGAUCCCUUCGUCUAUUUGCAAUUUGA